AGUCGGCGGGACUACUCGGUGAACUGCAUCGAGAGUCAGUCCAACUUACGGGAUCGAUUGAAAGACAUCACAUCCCUCCAAAGACUUCCCUUCCAAAUCAAAUAACGAGACCAUUUUAAAUUACAAAUAUUUCAUAUUUCCACUCGGGAGUUAUUAACGUUUUCCCGCAAAAUUCUUAUUCAAAACGUGACGAGUGAUCCCGUAGACAUCCGAACGUCCGAAUUUCCGUCGUACGGUGGAACAUUUUCCAAAAGAAAGACAAACGAGGGUUAGCAGUCGAAAAGUUGCCGCCACUGGUGAACCAUCUCUUUUUUUUUUACGGAAAAUAGUGUCCUGGGAGGAGUGAGGAAAUGCCGGCGACUUCAGUUCUUUUUGGAUAAGGGAUUUAUCUCGUUCUCGUGGUGCUGAAUUGUUUUUUUUUUAAUUCUUCGGGUUCUACACGAAACAACAAAAAAAAAUCAAGAUGAGGUUCAAUGUUACAAUCGUUGAUGACUUCUUGAAUCGGGCGUUUUACAAAGUUGGCCUCAUAGUGGGCCGACAUCCCGGAUAUUUUGUCAUAGUUCCACUGUUAUUGGCAUGCAUUUGUAUCACCGGUUAUCAGAGAGUCAAAUAUGAAAUUGAUCCAGAAUAUCUAUUCUCACCGAUCAAUGGACCCGGUAAAUACGAACGAGCUGUCGUCGAGGAACACUUCAAGGUAAACUACAGUCAUGACUUCGAUGUCACGAGAAUCACUAGACCAGGGCGAUUCGGCCACGUGAUAAUAGUUGCUAAGGACGGUAACGAAAAUAUGUUGAGAAGAGAAGUGUGGAAAGAGCUGCGUCUCCUGGACGGCAUAAUCAGAAAUGCAACAGCGGUUUACGAGGGCGAAAGCUUUACAUAUGGGCAGGUCUGUGCACGAACCAAGGAUGAGUGCUCCAGCAACAGCAUCCUCAAUCUCGAUCUAAUCAUGGAGGAUGUGGAGACUGGACAAUUGAAACUCACGUUUCCAGUGAUGUUUAACCCAGUCACUUGGGACUCGCACAUAUUUCCACUUUAUUUCGGUGGGAGUGUUAUCAACCCCGAAGACUCGACCAUUGAUUCUGUGCCGUCUGUACAACUGGGCUACUUCGUAGCUGUUGAUAAUAAACGGCAAGAUUUAAUAGGAGGGGCGUGGGAGGAAGCCUUUUUGAACGCUCUGAGUGACGCCGAAGACGAAAAAAUCUUCAAACACAUAAGUGUCGCUCGAUUUGCUUCAAAGACCCUAGAACUUGAGCUCGAGGCCAACACCAAAACAGUUGUCCCAUAUUUUGCAAGUACAUUCGCUAUGAUGGGUAUUUUCUCCGUGGUUACGUGCAUGAUGACCGACUGGGUGAGAAGCAAACCCUGGCUUGGACUCCUCGGUAACCUGUCAGCAGCAUUGGCAACUGUAUCAGCCUUCGGAUUGUGCAUGUACAUUGGUAUUGACUUUAUUGGCAUCAACUUGGCUGCGCCAUUCCUCAUGAUUGGAAUUGGGAUCGAUGAUACUUUCGUAAUGCUCGCAGCCUGGCGGAGGACCAACAUAUUGGAUCCAGUGCCGGAAAGAAUGGCAAAAACAUUGAGUGAAGCUGCUGUAUCAAUCACAAUUACAUCCCUAACCGACAUGAUUUCGUUUUUCAUCGGCAUUAUGUCUCCUUUCCCUUCUGUACAGAUAUUCUGCAUAUAUUCAGGUUUUGCAGUGGUUUUCACGUUCCUCUUUCACCUGACGUUCUUUAGCGGUUGUGUGGCCAUCAGUGGCUACUGCGAGCAGCAAAAUCGCCACAGUAUUGUGUGCUGUAAGGUCCAGCCGCUUUCCAAAUCACGUCAUAGGUCUUGGAUUUACCGUGCUCUCUGUAGUGGAGGUGUGAAUCCAGAGGAUCCUGCGAAUCCCUUGGACAAUCCAGAGCACGGGUGCAUGACUUGGUUUCGUGAUUAUUUGGCAGAGGCCUUGAAUUGUCGCCCAGUCAAGAUUUUCAUCAUCAUUAUUUUUGGUUUAUACCUCGUUGGAGCCGUUUAUGGAGUGACUCAGCUGAAGGAAGGGCUCGACAGGCGAAAGCUAUCGAAAGAGGAUUCAUAUUCAAUCACUUUUUAUGAUCGAGAGGAUCUCUAUUUCCGAGAAUUUCCCUAUAGAAUACAAGUAAUUAUCUCAGGACACUACGACUACAGUGACCCAGUAAUCCAGAGCCAAAUGGAGAACUUGACUCGCAGCCUAGAAGCGACAAAAUGGAUCGGCGAGCCCUUGUACGGUGAUAACUGGCUGAGAAGUUUUCUAUCGUACACGGCCUCAAACAUCGAAGAGCUAAAUGUCACCCUCAAUACCGAAGCAGACUUUAUCAAAACUCUAAAAUCCUACUGGCCAACAGCCACCGUCGACGUCCACCUGGACAAGUUAGAGGAGCACAUACUAGCCAGCAGAUUUCUCAUCCAAGCUGUCAACAUCAGUGGGACCAAUCAAGAAAAGGAUAUGGUUCGUGAAUUGAGAAAGAUUUGUGAAAAUUCUCCAUUGAACGCCAGUGUCUUCCAUCCAUAUUUUGUCUUCUUCGAUCAAUUUGAACUUGUUCUCCCUACCAGUAUCCAGUGCAUGGUCUUUGGUGCUCUAAUAAUGAUGAUAAUCUCCUUCAUCUUCAUCCCAAAUAUUCUCUGCUGCCUGUGGGUGGCCUUCUGCAUCGUCUCCAUAGAAACUGGAGUGGCUGGUUACAUGGCCCUGUGGGACGUCAACCUGGACAGCAUAUCGAUGAUUAAUCUGAUUAUGUGUAUAGGCUUCAGCGUCGACUUUACAGCACACAUCUGCUACGCGUACAUGUCCUCUAAGCAGAAGCGAUCUGACGAGAGAGUUAAGGAGUGCUUGUAUAGUUUGGGAUUGCCAAUUCUUCAGGGGGCUGCUUCAACUAUUCUGGGACUUCUCGCCCUAAUCCUAGCCGGCACAUACAUAUUCCUCGUUUUUUUCAAGAUGGUCUUCCUGGUGAUCUUCCUGGGCGCUCUCCAUGGGCUCUUUCUGCUCCCUGUGUUGUUAUCGAUAUUUGGUCCUGGCUCGUGUUCUAGCCACGACGACGAUGACGAGAAGAAGGACGCGAGAAUGAGGUCAAUGCGCCAACUCGACGUUUCUAAAUUGCCCAUCCCCUAUGUUAUACCCCAUCCCACUCUUUUUUACCAUCAGAAUGGAGCUAAAUUGGUUGAGGGGAGUCCCGCGAGUGUGGCAAAUCUUGAAGAGAGGGAUCAUGGAUUAGGUACCAGUGAGGACAGCCAUUCAACUGAAAGUGGCUCCUCGCAGAGCAGAAGACAACAGCGUGAGGAGGAACAGUUGCAGAGACGCUAUGAUGGAUGGACGAGAUCUGUUGGAAUCCUCCAAAGCUUUUCGCAAUUUCAGCCUGGUCAGGCGCCACUUCCUGAUUAUCCUGGAGCCAGUGGAGGUUUCAGGGGAGGUCAGGAGGUCCUCAGUCAUGGGGAGGCAAGCAGACGCAGUAAAUCACAUCAUAAUCUGCAAAACGAACUUGAGAGGUACAUGAUGGACCCCAGGUACUCCUGAAUUGUUAUAUUAGCAUUGGUUUUUCACUUUUUUUUUUUAGUAUCCCAAGUCAAUGAGUUUUUUUUUAAUGGACGCUGAUGAGACUCCGAUAAUGAAUUUAUUUUUCAGUUGUGAAUAUAUUUUUUAAAACAUUCUCAUGUGUUCAUUGCAAUUACCCGUAGCUAUUCAAUAAAAUCUAAAGUCCAAGAGGAUUAGUUUAAAUAGUUAUUUUACCGUUUAACUAUUGAAUUGUAUUUUUAUUGAAAUAAUUGUAUACUCGAAUACGUGAUUGCUAUCGGAACAAUCUCGAUGUGUUCUAGUGAGAAAAUUACCAACCAAGAUUUCUUAUUACCAAAAAUUCUUUUCAAUGUCUCGAGAGAAGUUUGGGGCCUUACAAACGAAACAAGUGACCUUUGAUGUUUUUUUUUGUAUGGAUUUAGAAUUCGAAUAAAAACUUCGGUGGCAAAAUUAUUCCAUAGUUUCUCGUAAUAUCAAUCGUUUUACCUGACCGACCAAACAUAAGUUAGUUAUCUAUUAGAAGAUGCGACUGAUUUGUUAAUUAAUUCUUCCUCUUUGUUCGAACAACGGAUUACCCCAGUACAUUGUCAAGGGAGAAUUUGUUGUUGCGGCAAAGAAAUUUUUUUUAUCAAUGCUCAAUACUAAUCAGUACCAAAAUGAGUUAAUAAUCAAUUCUUCACCACAGUAGUAAUGAAGGUGAGCAUGAGGAGACCAUUGAUAAAUGAAUAUUCAGUCUUUACUUGGCAAAUAGCCAUCCGAUUGUUAAUAAUAUUUUUAAAUCUCUUUUCACAGACAUAAACGUUGAAGCCAAGUAAUUUUGUAUGCAAAUUAUCAAUUAUCGCUAGUAUUCACUAGAUCGCCGGUAGGAUAAGAAAGUUUUUAACGAAAUCAUUUCGUGAUUAGGAUUAACAGUGGAUUUAAUUUAUAUUUAUGAAUGCAAGUGUGAUAUCCGCUGCAUCAGCGAUGAGCGGUUAUGGGCUGCCAUUGA